AUGGGUGAUCGCCUGCUGAGUCCCGCCGUCAUGAACGACAAUAGAUUGGGGUCGUUGGUCCGGGCUCCGACGGUUUCCAGUCGCGACAGUACCAGCCUCGCUCGCGCCGAUCCUCUGAAGAAGAUGUUUAGAGGCCUGUUCAAACUCAUUCAUCCCUCUGCGCGUGGCCACGUUGUGGGCUUCCUCGGCGAGUUUCUCGGUACCCUCAUUUUCGUCACGCUCGCAUUUGCAGGUGUCGGGACUGCUGGUGCUUCGUCGAACAAGGACCAAGGGGAAGGCGUCUCAACUGCUCCUCCUGCGGCCUCUCCGUCCCAGCUGCUAUAUGCUGCGCUCUCCGCCGGCUUUGCUCUGGUAGUUACUGCGUGGACGUUCUUCCGCAUCAGUGGUGGGUUGUUCAAUCCCGUGAUCUCUCUGGGUAUGGCCCUCAUCGGCGCAAUUACUUGGGCGCGAUGUGCACUCCUCUGCGUCGCCCAGACUGCCGCAACAAUUGCCGCCUCGUACGUUGUUUACGGGCUAUUCAACGGCGGUCUCAAUGCUGGUACAAAGCUCGGAGGUGGAACUAGCCCUGCUCAAGGAGUUGUGAUUGAGAUGCUGCUAACUGCUCAGCUGGCCUUUGUCAUUUUCAUGCUCGCCGCGGAACAACAUGCUGCUACCUAUCUCGCUCCGGUCGGUAUUGGCAUGUCGUUCUUCGUUGCGCAACUCGUUGGUUUGUUCUGGACCGGUGCUUCACUGAACCCAGUCCGAUCCUUGGGACCAUGCAUUGUCAAUCAUUCCUUCCCGAGCUACCAUUGGAUCUACUGGGUGGGACCAAUCGCGGGCGUUAUACUUGCUGUCAUCGUCUACAAGCUUGUUAAGGCCUUGGAAUACGAGUUGGUCAACUUCGAGGACCACGGUGAUCUCGAUCUGCCAAGAACCAGAAGCCGAAAGUCUUCCUCUAUACUUGCGGUCGGGAACAUCCACUCAGGAUACGAAGCUGUCAGAGUGCCUCCGAAGCCACAGCCUAUCCCAGCUGCACCCACCGUGACGGCCGAGCCACGCAAACAAGCUGCUGGAGAAAAGAAGGACCAGAUUGAGGAGCUUCCGGAAUGCUUUGCGGACUGA